CAAUAUACAUGGUAUUUUCAGUUAAUUCUUCAUUUCUUUCUUUUUUUUUUUUUUGCAGGAAUUGGUGCACUUCAAUGCCACUUGUGCAGUGGAGUUGGCACUGAUCGUCAUUGUGAAUUUCAUCCAUUCUUUGGUCAAACAGGAUUGAGAAAACCCACUAAUUGCGCUUCCCAAUUCUGUCUUGCUGCCAAAGUUAUUGAUUCAGACACAGGAAAUGUGAAAUCUUUUGCCAGACUUUGUGAUAACAUCAAUAGGGGCAACAAAUGUUUCCGUGACUCUAAACUUUUGACCUGUUAUCAAUCUUGUUCCACUGAUUUUUGCAAUAAUGGUAACCCUGACCCCAGUUCUUUGAUCAUAAUAGAUUAUUCUUCAGCUGCACACACUGAAAACAGUUCCAGCCAAAGAAACUCUUCUGGAAACUUUGAUCCAAACCGUAAAAGAUUUCUUAUGAGAAAUAACACUUUUCUUCAAUCAAGCAGGCAAUUGAAAAAGAAGCAUAAUUCUAUCAAGUUAAUAGAUUUUCACUUUGAAGAAGAAAUUGAUGAUGCCAACCCAAAGAGAAAUCUAUCAAUCAGUGCAAUGCCAAUGAAGAAUACAAGUGUAAAUAUAAUAGACAAAUUUAGAAAGAAGCCGUUUGAAAACAAUUCUUUAUCUAGCUUUGGAAAUGUCUUUAUGAAACCACAGCCCUAUUUAAAAGAUGUUGAACUUUACAUGGCAAAUAAUUCUACAAAAUAUCCUCAGACAGCAUUUGAACAAAUUGCACAAAAUCAGUCUCUUAGUAUUACAGAAGAGUUUACACUGAAAAAAUUGUCGACAUUUGCAAAUCUGGCCAACGAUUUCAAUGAAAAUAUUUCUAAAGAAGCAAAUGAAGCUUUUCAUGAGACUUCAACUGAUAAUGUUUCCUUACAUUCAAAAUUUAAUGAUGACGAUGAUGAGGAGGAUGAGGAUGAGGAUGAUGAUGACGACGACGAUGAUAAAACAGCUGUGCAGAAUGAAAUUCUAGCAGAAAGCAAUUUUUCUGACAUGAAUUUGGUAACAAGAAGUGACGGUUCACAACUAAACAAUUCACAGGACAACUUGGCUCUUCAAAAAUGGAUAGAAUUUGAGAUUUCUCAAAGGAGCCAACAAAAUGGUACAGUUGUAUUGGAAGAAAUUGCCUUAAACAAUACUUCAUCACUAGCAGAAGUGUUGAAAUCACUGUUGUCACAUAAUCAAACCUUGCAGAACAACUUCAUCACAGAUAUUUUGAACAACAGUUCCGCAGUGAAUACAUUAACUCUUGCUUCUACAGUAGCAACCAAACAGCAGGAACUGCCCUUGGCUGAUGCUGUCUUCUUAUCUUCUGAUUCAAAUGACAUCAUAAAUGGCAAGAAAAAAUUAAAGAACAAUGAGAAAAAAAUGGCUUUUGAACGUAAAACAGAUAUUGACAAAAAGGAAACAUAUAAAGAAAAUGAAUUGAAAAGAAGAAAAAAUGUCACAGCAAAACACAAAACUAAUGUUACUGCAAAUAAAUCUACCAUGAAUAAUGGGAUGGAAAUAUUAACAAGCAAACCAGAACUUCUCUUUGUCUGCUUGCUAAAGUUAUCAGCUCUAAUAUUGUUCUAGUAGAUGCCUUAAGAAAUCCAUUUCUGUGUUACAAUAAUAUUUGCAGAAAAUGUUUUUUAAACACAAAAUAACCAAAUUUAUCGAUCAUAUUUCAUAUUUCAAUUGCAAUUUCGUUUUUUUUAUUGUUUUUUUUUUCAAUGUUUUUCUUCCUUAUCUUUUUCUUUCUUCCUACAAGAGUAAUAUUUAUGACAUAACAAGCUAUUUGUUGUUACCGAAUUCUUUAUAUUAUGUAACAUCACACUGAAGACCAUCAGUUUUCUCAGAUACAUGGAAAUAAUAAUUUUUUUUUUUUUUUAUAUUUCAUAAAUUAAAUAAAUGUAUCAAUCAUUUAAUUUAGCAAAUAAAGAUAUU